AUGGAAGACGGCGACGAGAGCCAUUUCCUGGGUGAUCCAAAGCUGGUACUCGCUGCAACAACGUUGCUCGUCGCUGCGGGCGUUGGGACUUGGAAAGUGCUUUCGCCCGCACUCGCCGCUGCCCGCCACGACGCUCGCCAGCGUGUAGACAGCCUGCUAGGUACUACUUUAGCCUCUGAGCUAGCUGAUCGAGCGACCAGUGCAGCGGACAAAAAGGGCAAGCGGUCCAAGGAGCGUCGCAAGAGAAAUGGUCCGCCCAAAGUCUCCAAAGCAGCGCUCAAUGCCGCCUCCCAGUCCUCCAAAAGAGUUGUUCGUCAACUUUCUGCACUUUCUACACCUCGAACUCGCCCCCAUUCGUCGUCAAUCUCUGGCAUGACCGAGUCUGUCCCCGAAACCGACCCAGGAGUGGCGCUCCAGCCACUGGUAGAUGAUCACACUCCCUCCAGGGAUGCUGCACUGCAUGAGAUGGACAAGACGGUCGCGCCCGAAAAUAUUGCCCUCCCGCCGUCACCAAUAGCUAGCAGGCCCCAAUCUCCCCUACUCCUCCCAAGCUCGUCUGCAAGCGAGAGCAGCUCUGGAACACCACUCACCCCAGCGUCUAUGGCUGCUUCGAAUGCCUCGCUGCCCCCCCUUGCAGAGGAGGGUACCCAUCAUGCUUGGCACUGGGCCGCGCACCAACCGCCGACAAAGGGAUCAACGUCGACGCCUCAACGAGGUCGCAAGGCCCAUGUGCGUCGCAAGGACGCCAGCGUGGAGGCGGAACCAAGCGUGGCCACCUUUCCGACACUCAAUACACUCCCGCCCCCCAACACGCCUCUAGAGGUCCAGAUCGAGUUUAUGCGCAACCAGGUCGAAUCGUACCGUGCACAGGAAGAGUCGACGAGGAUGCGUGAAGAGGCGCUCUUGAUCGACCUCGAACGUCUGCGUGCCGAGUCUGAGCAAUCUCGCCAGGACGUCUCGCGGCUCCAGUGGCAGCUCAAUGACAUGGCCCAGCGAGAGGAACGGCUCCUCAGCCAAGUAAAUGCGCUCACCAUGCAGCUCCAUCAGGCCAGGGGUGGCCAACCUCCUCCAGCCAUGCCAGUCGGCAUCCCUGUCCCACUGUACCAACCGCAGCCAAUUCCAUACCCUCAGAUAUCGCCCGGUCAUCUUGGAUUCUACUCGCCACAUGGCCAUCCAUAUGCAAACGGCUCGCCAAUGCAUGCACCGUUGACGCCAACCAGUCUCGUUUCCCCUACUCAGAUGCAUCCUCUCAUGGCCAUUCCUCCCUUUCCGGUUCCCAUGCAUGCCCCAGUCCCAACUUCAGGAACUCCACUCGACACGUUCAAUGGAGGCAGCCGCAGUAGUCUCCAGAACCGGACAAACGACGACGCAACGAGUGAUGCCGACGGUGAACCGAUUAGCUUUGGACUCAUGGAGGCCAUCUUCAAGCGGCCACAGAGUUAUGCCGCAAGCCAAGGGAGCGGCAGCGCACGAUCGGCACGUUCGCCAUCGAAUUCCCUCUCCCCCAGCUCGGAUGCACGACCUAUUCACGCAAGCAGGAGUCCUAGCGUCGCUGGCAAGAGUAUUGAUCAUGACUAUCCGGCUGCUAUGGGACACGUAGGCACGGACAAGGCGGAAGCAGACGAUUCCUCCCGACAUGACGACAGUACCCGCGGAGCGCAGGAGACGGUUGCGUGUGAUAGAGAUGAUCGCACGCCCGGUCAUGAUACUUUCCAACCUUCCAAGCUAGGUAUGGAUACCCGCCCAUUGACGCCGCCCUCGACGGACGAGGCGGACGAUACGCGUGGACGUGGUGUGGACAUUUACUAUUAG